AUGACCCGGACAUACGUCGAGCCUGCCAAUAUCCCUGUUAUUGACUUCAGGGCUCUUUCUUCUGAAAAUGCUGAAGAGCGCAAAGAGGCCUUGAAACAGCUUGAUGAAGCCUUCCAAACAUACGGGUUUAUCUAUCUGUCCAACCAUAUCAUUGGACAAAAAAUGGUCGAUGAGGCCUUGUCUUGGUCCAAGCGUUUCUUCCACUUACCGACCGAGGUCAAGGAGCUUUGCAAGCACAACACAGUUGCAGCUGAUCACCGCGGCUGGGCAGCUGUUGGAACUGGAAUUGUCAGCCAGGAUGUCUGGGACAAGUCUGAGAUUGAGGAGAUGCGCAAGACUGCACCGGUCGAGCAGAAGGAGAUCCUCGAAAUGGGUAAUCCCCACUCAAAGGGUGGCCCAGGCGAGUCAAUUGCCAACCGUCUUCUUCCGGAGGACAAGUUCCCUGGAUUCCGGGCUUUCCUUGAGAAGUGGUGGGAUAUUUGUUUCGAACAGCAGCUCCUAGUUCUACGAGCACUUUGCGAAAUUCUAGGAUACUCAGACCUUGACUAUCUCGGAAAGCAGCAGGAUCCUAGCCGCAGCCGAAACCAUAUGAGCUGGCUGUAUUAUCUCUCUCAGCCUGUUUCCCCAUUGAAGUCGGGCAAGAGCAACAGGUUGAACACACACACCGACUUUACACAGUUGACCCUACUGUUCCAAGAUAUGGUGGGAGGCCUUGAGAUUCACGAUGACCAGGCGGGGAUUUUCAGACCCGUGCUUCCUAAGCCUGGUACUAUGAUCGUUCAUGUCGGAGAUAUGCUGGAGAAGCAAUCCAAUGGCAAGUGGAAGAGUGCAUUGCACCAUGUCUCAGCUCCUAUCCAUCUUAAGUAUGGGGAUGAGACAACCGACGAAGACACUGUUGUUGAGCGUUUCUCUAUGUCAUUUUAUGGAACUCCUCAGCACGAGGUGAUGAUUGAGCCGAUUCCAGGAUGUGAGACGAAAGGAAAGUGGCGAACUUUGGAGUGGGAGCCCAACAUGACUGCCGGUGCUUGGAUUGAAAAGAGAGUUGCACUUGAAUACGGAGACGGACAACAAGCGCCUCCAGUUGUUGCUGCUGCAUAG